CUUUGCGUUGCGACCACCGAGCAAAACCUAAAGUAAAGGAAGUGCCACUGCCAUUUCCGGGUUCGAAAAUAUGCGCCGGCACAAGCGAUGGCCUUUGAGGCCUCUCGCCAGUGCUUUGGCUCGUUCGCGGUUCUGCUCCUCGGCGGCGGCGGCGGGGGCUUUCCCGUUGAAGCACGUGACGAGGUCGAACUUCGAGAUGACGCUGAAUGAUCUGCGUUCGCACGUGAAGGCUGCUGAUUUCGUGGCGAUCGACCUCGAGAUGACUGGCGUGACGAGCGCUCCGUGGCGAGACUCCUUGGAGUUCGAUCGCUACGACGUCCGAUACCUCAAAGUCAAAGACUCCGCUGAGAAAUUCGCCGUCGUUCAGUUCGGCGUCUGUCCCUUUCGCUGGGAUUCUCGCACUCAGUCAUUCGUUUCUCACCCGCACAAUUUCUUUGUAUUUCCUCGUCAAGAGCUCACAUUUGAUCCACCAGCUCAUGAAUUUCUCUGCCAGACGACAUCCAUGGAUUUCCUUGCAAAGUAUCAAUUUGAUUUCAACGCCUGCAUACACGAAGGAAUAUCUUAUUUGUCCAGAAGACAAGAGGAAGAAGCGAGUAAGCGUUACGACGAGGAGAGUGUUGAUUCAGUGGUUGAAACAGAGGAUUUAAAGCUGGUGCGAUUGGCGGAUCUUCUUUUCUCUGAAAGGAUGAAGAAAAGGUUUAAUGAAUGGCGGUCUGCCCUUUUACACGGUUCCUCUGAGUCUCCGGGGAUCUCAAGUGGAUCGACCGAGAGUGCUGAAACUGUCUUCUACCACAUGCGUCCAGCUCUCAGUCUGCAGGGUUUCACUUCUCAUCAGCUCAGGGUUAUCAAAUUGGUUUUAAGGAAGCAUUUUGGAGAUCUUGUGUACAUACAUACGAAUGAUAAAAGUUCCUGUUCAAAAGACUUUGUUGUGUACACUGAUUCAGAAUCCGACAAGGAAAAUCUCAUGGUAAGUCUUUUACAGAAGGAGGCAAAGGAUGAACGCAAGAGAGUGGCGGAAAGAAAAAUACAAUCUGCAAUCGGGUUCCGUCAAGUAAUUGAUCUGCUUUCUUCAGAGAAAAAGUUGAUUGUUGGUCACAAUUGUUUCCUGGAUAUUGCACAUGUAUACAGUAAGUUUGUGGGUCCUCUUCCUUCAACAGCUGAGAAAUUCGUGGCCUCCAUUCACGACCACUUUCCUUACAUUGUUGACACCAAAAUACUCUUAAACGUGAACCCAAUGUUGCAUCAGAGGAUGAAGAAGUCCAGUACGUCACUAUCCUCGGCGUUCUCCUUGUUAUGUCCACAAAUCGAGUUAUCUUCACGAAGCUCUGACUCGAUUCUUCAGCAGCGUGUCAAGAUUGACGUCGAAGUAGACAAUGUUAGGUGUUCUAACUGGAAUGCAGGAGGAAAACACGAAGCCGGUUAUGAUGCUUUCAUGACAGGUUGCAUCUUUGCACAGGCAUGCAGUCAUCUAGGGUUCGACUUCAAACAUCAUUCGGAAUCAGAGAACCUUGCCCAGAACGAGAAACUUGACAAGUACAUCAAUCGUCUUUAUCUCAGCUGGACUAGAGGCGACAUCAUCGACCUUCGAACAAGCAAUAGUAAUGCAGAGAACUGGCGAGUCUCAAACUCUAAAUACGAGAACAUUGUUCUCAUCUGGAACUUCCCACAAAAACUUAAGGCUAGAGAGAUCAAAGAAUGCAUCUGCAAAGCCUUGGGCUCGACUUCCGUCACUUCUGUCUACCACUUGGACAACACUGCGGUUUUUGUCUUGUUCAAGAACUCGGAACUCGUUUCGAACUUCCUAAAGCUCAAGCAGCAGCUGGAGUCAGACGAUGGUCCUGUCAGGAUCCUUCAUCCUCUCUCGAAGAUCCUGAAAGGAGGGAACACUGGCGCUGCAGACUAUGAUGCCUAUAAAGAGAUUUGCAGCUCACACAUCUCAAAGAUCCUAUUCGCUGACCAAGCUGAAACGGUUGGUGUCAAAUCAAGAACAAGACCCAACCCAAAAGGCGAGACAAGCCUUGAGACUGAGAGAAGAGAGAACAUGGUCGCUGUCACUGACAAAGCAUCGGAUUUGAUUGAUGCUUUUUUGGCAAAUAGAGUUGACGUCAAAGUCGCUAGGACUAAUUAACCAAGCUCCCUUUCUUAUCAAAGGCAUCUGAAGUCUUUUUAAGAAACCUUGUCAACAUGAGACGCGUAUAACAGUAGUAUAUUACUAGAGAUUUUGAUUUUUUGUUUUGCGCUGCUACAACUUAAAAAUAAACAUAUGAAGUAAUGAAUCCAUAAACAUAUAGUACUGAUAGAAUUAAUCUCAGACAAUUGAUCCGAUGGAGAUAUCAAUCUCGAUAAAGUUAUCUUCUGGAUCAGUUUCUUCCCAAUCCCAUAUCUCCAUGAUCGUCAUCUCCACGUAACACUCUUCUUUGCUCAUCCAUUGUUUCUUCACACUCUCCAACUUCACGUCCUUUGCUUCUCUCUCCAAAGAAAUCUCUAUCAGCCCCUGUUCUUCUUCAACUAGGUUGGUUUUAUUUUCUUGAUCUUCAAGCUCUUCCUGACCAUGAAGACAAGACUUGGAAUUGUUGUUGAACACGUUUCUGGUGUGGAGAACGUUAGAGAGAAACAAGAUUUGUAUAGUUAUGAU